CGCUGAUUGGGCGAGGCUCGGCCAGUGGGGUCCGGCCGCUGCCGAACUGCUACUUUUGAAAGUGCCGGUGCCGGCGGUGCGGGGAGAGUGGGCCGGGCAUGGCUUGCUCGCGCAGGACCAAGGAGAGGACGCCACUGCCGAGGGAGAGGACGCCGCUGCCACGCAACGCCAAGAUGCUGGCCACUAAGCAGACCCGGGCAGGCAAGGUGGGCCCCACAGCAGAGAAUGUUGACCCUGAGAAGGAAGAGAACUGUUACGCCAAGAGAUCUUCAUCCUCGCCCCAGGGUGGGCCCAAGAAGAGGUCGGCAUUUGGGGACAUCACCAAUGCUCGCAAGAACCAGGUGGUGGCAGGGAAGAAGGAGGCCGUGAAAGUGGCACCGCCCAAGGCUCAGAAGGCACAGGGCACACUAGGGGUGGCCAAGAACAAUGAGAUCAACCUGAAAAAGUCAAUGAAGAAAACUCCCCCAAAAGCUCCUUCAGAGCCUGAAGUGGAUCCUGUUCCAGAGAAGCCAGUACCUGUGCAGGAACUGAAGCCCCCCAAGGAGAGGGUACCAGCAGUGGAGGACAUCGACAAGGAGCAGCUGGGUGACCCCUAUGCCAGUGCAGAGUAUGCCAAGGACAUCUUCGAAUACAUGCGGGAAAGAGAGGAGAAAUUCAUGCUUCCUGACUACAUGGAGAAACAGCCGGACAUCACUGGGGACAUGCGUGCCAUCCUUGUGGACUGGAUGGUGGAGGUGCAGGAGAACUUUGAGCUGAACCAUGAGACACUAUACCUGGCUGUGAAGCUGGUGGACCACUACCUGGUGGAGGUGGUGAGCAUGAGGGAGAAGCUGCAGCUCAUCGGCUCCACUGCCAUCCUCAUUGCCUCCAAAUUCGAGGAGCGGUGCCCACCGUGCGUGGAUGACUUCCUCUACAUCUGUGAUGAUGCCUACAAGCGGGAGGAGCUCCUGGCUAUGGAGAUGAGCAUCCUCAGCACCCUCAAGUUCGACAUCAACAUCCCCAUCCCCUACCGCUUCCUGCGGCGCUUUGCCAAGUGUGCCCGUGCCACCAUGGAGACGCUGACGCUGGCCCGCUUCCUCUGCGAGAUGACACUGCAGGAGUACGACUAUGCCCGUGAGAGCCCCUCAAAGCUGGCUGCCAGCUGCCUGCUGCUGGCGCUUACCAUGAAGAACCUUGGGGGCUGGACCCCUACACUGGAAUACUACAGUGGGUACAGUGCCCAGGACCUGCAUCCCCUGGUGAAGAGGCUGAAUUUCCUGCUCACGUAUCAGCCCCGCGACAAGCUGAACACCGUGCGUAGCAAGUACUCACACAGGGUCUUCUUUGAGGUUGCCAAACUUGCCCCCAUGGACAUGCUCAAGCUCGAGAAGGCACUCACCAGCUGCUAGUCCUACUCUGUAAAUAAAGCCUGUAAAUAAC